ACCUCGGGGAGAAGUUAAUAUGGCGUCCUGGGCCUUGAAUGAGCAAAACAAAAACACGAGCGGAGAAAUGGGUCGCGUUUAAACAGCGCGUGAAGGGACGUUUUUACUUAAAAAAAAGAAAAAAAAGGAAAAAAAGCGUAAAAUAUCCUCAUCAUGUUUGCAUGGAGUGUGUGCUGCUAAUUUAUUUUGGAUCGCUGAAUUUAAGUUUGGACUCGAUCGUCCUGCAGAGCCUCCGAGCUUUUUAUUUUUCUUGACUUUUUAAUUUUUUUAGUCUCACACACACUUACACACAAAUAGACACACACUCACAGUAAUGAGCACUAUGGAUGAAACGAAAAGCCCGCUGAAAUCAGGCAAGCCGUCUCGCUCGGGCGGGUCCAAGUCCUCGUCCAGAUCGCAGAAAGAACGCGAGAACGGCAAGACGCCGAAUCGCGGCAAGAACACCGCAGCAUCCAGGGUGAAGGAGGAGGGGCAGGGUGGGCACGCGGGGGGCAAAGGGCCAGCGGGAAGCCCUCUGGAGGCGGGGAGAGGUAAAGCUCGCAGGCUGACGGGAAGAACGGGCUCGGGGGACAGGGGCAAGGCGAGGGCCCAGACUCAGCAAGGGGGCAGGAACGGAAACAUCGCUCUGCUCAGCACCAAGGAGGACAACGCCGCGCAGAGUAACAAAACCCAGAGACCUGCGCUCAAGGACAAACACACAGGAGACGCGCCGGCGAGACGGCCAGCAGAGGGCGCUCCAGACACAGCAGACGAGACGAACCUGACCUCGGAUCAGCAGCUGGGACUGAGACAGGCCGAGGAGAGACUGCAGAGAGACUACAUCCACAGACUGACCAAGCAGUCCCCAGAUUACCCAAAUUACCAGUAUCUAUGCAAACUCUGCUCGGUUCAUGUGGACAACAUCCAGGGUGCUCACAAACACAUCAAAGAGAAACGGCACAAGAAGAACAUCAUGGAGAAGCAGGAGGAGAAUGAGCUGCGUUCGUUACCCCCUCCGUCUCCGGCUCACCUGCGAGCCCUGAACACGGCCGUGAUGGAUGCGGUGCAGGAGCACGGCAUCUCGGAGGAGGAGUUCCAGCAGAGACACGCUGUGGUGCGGAGCAUGGAGCUCAUCAUACAGAGACACCUACCCGCGUGCUCUCUGCGUCUCUACGGUUCCUGUCUCACUCGAUUCGCCUUCAAGUGCAGUGACGUCAACAUCGACGUGCUCUACCCCUCCGGUAUGACGCAGCCUGACGUUCUUAUCCAAGUGCUGGACAUCCUGAAGAAGAGCGAUGAAUUUUUAGACGUGGAGUCGGACUUCCACGCUAAGGUCCCCGUCAUCUUCUGCCGUGACGUGUCCAGGGGUUUACUGUGUAAAGUGAGCGCAGGAAAUGAUGUCGCAUGUCUCACCACCAAUCACCUGGCGGCGUUGGCCAAGCAGGAGCCUCGUCUGGUUCCUCUGGUCUUGGCGUUCCGCUACUGGGCCAAGCUGUGUCACGUGGACUGCCAGGCCGAGGGCGGGAUUCCUUCCUACUCCUUCUCUCUGAUGGUCAUCUUUUUCCUGCAGCAGAGGAAGCCACCCAUUUUACCUGUGUAUCUCGGCUACUGGAUCGAAGGGUUCGACGUGAAGCGAGUGGAUGAGUAUCACCUGACCGGCGUUCAGUCGGGUCACUUCGUGGGGUGGGAGCACCGACCAGGCAGCGCUAACGAGGGCCGUGGAGACAACAAAAACAGAAACGAACCCCAAAAAUCGGCUGAGAAGAAGCACGAGAACCAGAAGGGCAAGACUCGUCUGGUGCUGGAGAACACGGAGAACAUCUCUCUCGGCCAGUUGUGGUUGGAGCUGAUGCGGUUCUACACGCUGGAGUUCGCUCUGGAGGAUUACAUCAUCAGCAUCCGGCUGAAGGAGCUGCUGCCCCGGGACGUAAAGAACUGGCCACGCCGCCGCCUCGCCAUCGAGGACCCAUUCGCACUUAAGAGGAACGUUGCGCGAAGUCUGAACAGUCAGAUGGUGUUCGAGUACAUCCAGGAGCGCUUUCGCACCGCGUACCGGUACUUCGCCUGUCCUCAGAGCCGGAACGGACACGCCCCCCAACGGAACGCGCCCCGCCCGGCUGGAACCCGCAGCGUGCAAAGUAAGGGAGGCGAGGAGGACGAUGGCGCGAACAGCACCGACGAGGAUGAAGAAGAAGAGGAGGACGACGAUGAGGACGAGGCCGGAGACGAAGAUCGGCGCGUGACCCGAGGUUUAGCCAGACUGCUCGUGGAGGUCGAGGACGAAGACGGGGCGCAUCAGUCCUCUUCGCCGACCCCGUCCCCUCACAACGGGCUGUUCCCCGACAGCGACGAAGAGGAGCGGGACGAAGGGCGGCGGAGAGGCGUGGAACAGCAGAACAUCGCCCCGGAGGAUCUGCACUACACCUUCGACAGGAUGAUCUUCACCGGAGGAAAGCCCCCGACGGUGGUGUGCAGCAUCUGUAAGCGAGACGGCCAUCUGAAAGACGACUGUCCUGAAGACUUUAAGAAGAUGGAGCUGACGCCGCUGCCUCCCAUGACAGAGCACUUCAGAGAGAUCCUCGACAACCUGUGCAGACGCUGCUACGAUGAACUGUCGCCAUCUAUGGGAGAGCAGCAGAGGAGGGAACUUAUUCUAGGCAGUCUGGAGCGCUUCAUUAGAAAGGAGUAUAACGAUAAAGCCCAGCUGUGUUUGUUCGGUUCCUCCAAGAAUGGUUUCGGGUUCCGUGACAGUGACUUGGACAUCUGUAUGACACUGGAGGGUCACGACACAGCCGAGAAACUGAACUGUAAGGAGAUCAUCGAGGGUCUGGCCAAGGUGCUGAAGAAACAUACGGGUCUGAGGAAUAUCCUGCCUAUAACGACCGCCAAAGUGCCUAUAGUCAAGUUUGAACACAAGCAGAGCAGCCUGGAGGGAGACAUCAGCCUUUACAACACACUGGCUCAGCACAACACACGUAUGCUGGCCACGUACGCAGCCCUGGACCCACGUGUGCAGUAUUUGGGCUACACCAUGAAAGUGUUUGCAAAGAGGUGCGACAUCGGCGACGCGUCGAGGGGAAGUCUCUCAUCUUACGCCUACAUCCUUAUGGUGCUGUACUUCCUGCAGCAGAGACAGCCUCCGGUCAUCCCCGUCCUGCAGGAGAUCUACGACGGGAGCGCGGUUCCUCAGAGGAUGGUGGACGGCUGGAACGCUUUCUUCUUCGACGAUUUGGACGAGCUGCGGCGGCGUUGGCCCGAGUUCCAGCAGAACCGCGAGACGGUGGGGGAGCUGUGGCUCGGCCUGCUGCGCUUCUACACCGAGGAGUUCGACUUUAAGGAGCACGUGAUCUCCAUCCGGCAGCGUAAACGCCUCACCACCUUCGAGAAGCAGUGGACCUCCAAGUGCAUCGCCAUCGAAGAUCCCUUUGACUUGAAUCACAAUCUCGGUGCUGGAGUCUCACGGAAAAUGACGAAUUUCAUCAUGAAGGCGUUUAUUAACGGCAGGAAGUUGUUCGGAACGCCGUUUUAUCCAAAGCUGGGGAUGGAAGCGGAGUACUUCUUCGACUCGAAGGUGCUGACAGACGGCGAGCUCGCUCCGAACGACCGCUGCUGUCGGAUCUGCGGCAAAAUCGGACACUACAUGAAGGACUGCCCGAAGAGACGCAGGAUGAAAAAGAAGGAGAGCGAUAAGGACGAGGAUGUGCGUGAGGAGGACAGAGAGCCAAGAGAGAGACGCUGUUUCCAGUGCGGAUUCAUCGGACACGUGCGGAGAGAAUGUCCUGAUUACAGACACCUCCGACAGAGAGGAGCUCCCACGCAGGUUCCUCAGGUGGUCCGUGCCAUGGUGAGCUCUCAGGCCAUCCCCAUUCCUCAGAGCGGGACGUCCCAGGAUCGAGGCGGCCGGACCAGGCAGCCGUCCGAAUGUUCGGACACGCGCCAGACUCCUCCCUACUCGCCCCAGCCGUCUACGUUCAUCCAGCCCUCCGUCUCGCCCCAGUCGUCUCAGAGCGGCAAGCCGUCACCGGGCUCCUCGUCCUCAUCGGCUCCGUCCAAAUCCCCCCAUCAUCCCUCCCUCCCUCCGUCCGCCACGCCUCCUCAGCAGCAGCAGCAGGUUCAUCUGUCUCUCUUUGGUUUUAACCCGUCUCAGUACAUGGGAGUGGUCACGCUGGGCGCCUGGCCCUCCCAUCCGCCCUCCCCGGGGGUGAAGUACCCUAUAAGGAAGGGGCAGGGCAACGGGCCGGCGGGGGACGCGCCUUACCCCGCCCCUGUUAACCUGAACGACCCCAGCAUCAUCUUCGCCCAGCCGGCCGGGCGGGACGGAGGGCCACACUGGCCCAAUCACCGUCUGAACAACCCCGGGGGGAUGGUGGCCAACGGCACGGUGGGGAAGUCAGAAGCAGGUUUCCAGGCUCCGUUUGGUUCUGUAGGUCCGGUCUCUCGCUCGCUGGCCCACAGCGGCCCCGGUUCCAUAUCCGUCUCGUCCUCCUGGGGUUUCCGCAUGCCGCAGACGUUCGUGCAGCCGACCAACAAGCCCUUCAUCUCCCAGGGUCCGGUGGUGAAUCAGCGCUUCCCCCUGCUGCAGUCUGGUCGCCCCGUCAACCUCCAGCAGAAGAAAUAACGAGCGCGAACUGUCUUCAGUUCAAACCAACGCCCGGGGUCCUUAUCCAACGACAGUGAAGAGGAAAAACAAACAAUUAACAAAGUCUGACUUGGCAUUUGGUCACUUUUGGACUUUUUAAAAUGAAUUUUAUCAUUUUUUUGUACAGUUUUUACUUUUUUUUUUUCUUUUUUUGUCUCAUCACAUUGAUUUGUGAUAAGAAAUGUCAAAUAUUUUAAUACCCCUAUUUUUAAAGGGGUCCCAAAAAAAAAAGAAGAAAAAGAAGCGUUUUUAUUUGUUGUGUAAAGUAUGGAUUUAAAGUUAAUCCUGUUUAUUUUUAUUGGUGUAAUUCAUAUUUUUGCUUGCGUAAGGACUAAGGCUUUGGAUAGGAAUUUGUUUUAUGAAAAAAAAAAAAAAUCAGCGUACCGCUCCAUAAGAUAACGAUGUAGUGCCAAAAACAAACAAAAAAAGGAUCUCUUUCCUCAGUCUCCAUUUCAGUAAGUGAAGAAAAUAUAGAAAAGAAAAAAAGAGAAAAAAAAAAACAAGAAAAACAACAAGGAUAAAAAAAAAUAAAAGAAAAAAUAAAGAAAAAGCAAACC